AUGUGGAAUGUAAGGUUGUUAAACACACCCUUCAACCCCAAGGUUGUUUAUGAUGGACACCCAACAUUGUUUACCAUUAAGUUGUACCAUGGAGGUGAGUUCACCAAGUACCCUGAUGUUCGUUACAUUGAUGGAACUGUAAACUAUGUUGACAUGGUAGACAUAGAUGAGUUUUCAGUUCAUGAGCUCGAUGCAAUCAUGAAGGGUUUUAGAUAUGGGGUUCCUCCUGUUAUAUACUACCAUUUUCUUGUGCCUGGUGGAGACUUCCACUUUGGUCUUCGCCCUUUAGGAAAUGAUCAAGAUGUUGCAAACUUUUCUCAAUAUGUCAGUGAGCACAAAGUGAUGAAGGUAUACACAGAGCAUGGUGAAACAAGACUACUCACCUAUUUCUUGAAUCCUAAGCCUGUUACCAAGGUUACCCUUGUACAGUUAGAUGAACCACAUGAGGAUGUGCAACACAUUGAUGAAGCUCCUGAUGACCAAUCAAAGGAAACACCUGUGAUGACUACACCUACUGAUAAUUUAGUUGAUGUGGUGCCCACUCAAGCAAACCAACCUGAAAUCCAAGUUAAUGAAAUCGUUCAAGUCGUAUCCUUAUCACCUGGAUAUAAUAGGAGAAGGGGUAUGAGCAAGGAUGGAGUGAUGGCAUCUUGCAGUAAGAAAAUUUACUUUGAUGAUAUUGGUGAGACUGAACAGAUAGCCAAAGACUUUGUUGAGGCAGCUACUGAUUUUGAUAUUGGACUCUACCAAAAAAUACUACAAAGCAAUGUUGAUGGAGUCAAUGGCACUGACAUGCAUGAUGUCAAUGAACCUCAGAUGGAUGAAGAAAUCCAACCUCAAAUGGAUGAAGAAAACCAAGCUCAGAUGGAUGAAAACCAACCUCAGUCUAACAUGGAUAGUAGUGGAAAAGAAAAUGUAAGUGAAACAGAGCAGGAAGAUGAUAGUGAUGAUAGUGAUUAUUGGGUGGAUGAAGAUAAUGUAAUUGAAGAUAUUGAAGUUGACAUGAGGGAUUUUAACAUGAGCAUUGAUACAGAAGUAGAGUUCUUAGAUAAAAGGGCUAGGAAUCCUAGACAACAUGAGAGUGAUGAAGAAGCAGAUGAGUUAGAUGUCAUUAACAAUGAUGCUUUUGAUUCCAUGGAUGAGGAUUCUGACCAGGACAGGAAGAGAAGAGCAGUUUUGAAACAACUAAGUAAGGAAAAAAGUUGUUCUUUAGGUGAGGUUCAUAAGUGUAAUUUUAAAAUAGGUCAAAAGUAUAACAGUAAGCAGGAGUUGAAAGAGAAAAUCAAAAUGCAUGCAUUGGAAACAAAAAAGAAUAUUGCAUUUAAAAAAAAUGACAAAUCCAGAUUGAGGGCCAUAUGUAAUGGAGUUGUGGCAUUUACUAAUGACGGAGUUGGUGGACCUACCCAAGCUGAAAAAAGUAAAGGGAAAAUUAAAGGGAAAAGUAAAGGGAAAAGUAAAGAAAAGGACAAACAAGGUGGUACAAGUCAGGAAAAAGCAGAUUCUUCUUGUCCUUGGAUGUUACAUGCCUCGAGGUCUACAGAUGCAAGCAGCUGGUACAUUAAAACAUAUGAAGACAAACACACUUGUAUGAAUACAAGGAAGGUGAGAGCUGCAACAGCGAAGUUUAUGUCCAAACAAAUCAUGGAUCAAGUAGAAUCCAACCCUACUAUCCCAGUUAAAGCUCUCCAAGAACAAUUACAGAAGAAGUAUGGAGUGGGCUUCUCAAUCCAUAAAGUUUUUAGAGCUAAAGCAGAUGCAAAAAAGAUUGUAGUGGGGGAUUACAAAAAACAGUAUGAAGUUCUGAGAGACUAUAUCCUUGAGUUGCAGUCAACCAAUCCUGAUACCACAGUCAAAUUAGAACUUGGAGAUGUUUUAGAAUCUAAUUUGGUGAAUUGCACUUCAAGAUGUUUCAAAAGAAUUUAUGUUUGUCUAGGGGGGAUGAAGAAGGGAUUCAAAGCUUGUUUAAGAGAUUUCUUGGGGCUAGAUGGGGCUCAUAUGAAAGGCCCUUAUCCAGGCCAGAUCUUAACUGCAGUUGGAUUAGAUUCCAACAAUGGCAUAUACCCACUUGCAUAUGCCAUUGUAGAGAUUGAAAACUGCGAAUCUUGGAAGUGGUUCCUUGAAUGUCUUGGUGAUGACUUGGAUCUACAUGCUAUGUUUAAUUUCACUUUUGUUAGUGACAGACAAAAGGGUUUGCUACAAGCAGUUAGUCAAUUGUUCCCAUGUGCUGUGUAA